AUGGCUUAUUCCUCGACUGCAGUCCGGUUCUUCACAGCACCCAAACCACUAGGUGAUACCAUGGACGCCGACCCAAGCAAGACUUCUGGGACCGACUCCCCGAACACGAGCAAAACUUCCGGGGCCGAGUCCCAAGGACACACGGUCGUCAGACCGAAUCUUCCUACGCAGCAGCCUGCCGGCGAGGUUGCUGAGCUUCUGAAGCCUAAAAGCCAGGGCUUGACUUUUAGAAACCAGGAUUCACUACCAAAGCUUCCUAUUCCCGAUCUUGAGGAUACUUGCCGCAAGCACUUGGAUGCUCUGCGGGCCCUGCAGAGCCCGCGUGAACAUGAAGAUACCAAGGCUGCUGUUGAGGACUUCUUAAAGAAUGAUGGUCCCAUUUUGCAAGAGCGACUUAAGGCCUAUGCUAGUUCAAAAACGAGCUACAUUGAGCAGUUUUGGUAUGAUUCAUACUUGAAUUUUGAUAACCCUGUCGUUUUGAAUCUCAAUCCAUUCUUCCUGUUGGAAGAUGAUCCCACUCCCGCCAGAAACCACCAAGUAACUCGAGCCGCAUCUCUGGUGGUCUCGGCUUUGGCAUUUGUUCGAGCUGUGCGUCGAGAGGAGUUGCCUCCUGAUGAAGUACGAGGGACGCCGCUCUGCAUGUAUCAGUACUCGAGACUUUUUGGAACCGCACGUCUGCCCACCGACAAUGGAUGUGUUAUCAGCCAAGACCCUUCGGCCAAGCACAUGGUUGUCAUGUGCCGGGGUCAAUUCUACUGGUUUGACGUCUUGGACGAUAAUAGCGAUCUGAUCAUGAGUGAGAAAGAUAUCUCGCUCAACCUCCAGGUCAUCGUUGAGGAUGCAGCGCAAACCCCCAUUCACCAUGCAGCCAAGGGUGCCCUGGGUGUACUCAGCACAGAGAACCGCAAGGUCUGGUCGGGACUUCGGGAUAUCAUGACCCAAGAUGCUAGGUCUAACAAUGCCGAGUGUCUGAACAUCGUUGACACCGCGCUAUUUGUUCUGUGUCUUGAUGAGACAGAGCCAACCACGACCUCCGAGCUCUGUGCCAACAUGCUUUGCGGCACAAGCGAAGUAGUCCGAGGUGUCCAAGUUGGAACCUGCACCAACCGGUGGUAUGAUAAGCUGCAAAUCAUUGUCUGCAGGAAUGGAAGCGCGGGUAUCAACUUCGAACACACCGGUGUGGAUGGACACACGGUACUCCGCUUCGCAAGCGACGUGUACACUGAUACCAUUCUCCGUUUCGCCAAGACCAUCAACGGCCAAUCUCCAAGCCUUUGGGCAACCAGCAGCCCCGACCCAUCAAAGCGUGACCCAAGUAGCUUUGGAAACGUCAGCACGACACCGCGCAAACUGGAGUGGGACAUGACGCCGGAAUUGAACAUUGCGCUUCGCUUCGCCGAAUCCCACCUUUCCGACCUGCUCUACCAGCACGAAUUCCAAGUACUCGACUUCGAAGGUUACGGAAAGAACUUCAUCACUUCAAUGGGCUUCUCCCCAGACGCGUUCAUCCAGAUGGCCUUCCAGGCCGCCUACUACGGUCUCUACGGCCGAGUGGAGAACACUUACGAGCCAGCCAUGACCAAGAUGUUUUUGCACGGACGCACUGAAGCCAUUCGCACCGUCACACCCGAAUGUCUAGACUUCGUCACAGCUUUCUGGGGCGAGAACGCCGCCGAACAGAAGGUCGACGCCCUCCGCACUGCGUGCCAAAAACACACCGCCGCUACCAAAGAAUGCUCUAAGGGCCAGGGCCCAGACCGUCACCUCUACGCCCUCUACUGCCUCUGGCAGCGCUCCUUCGACGAGAGUCUCUCGCCGGAUAACGGCUCAACUGGCGGAUACUCCAGCCCCGGCGAAUCACAGCCCCAAACUCCCAAUCAGGGCCAAGGCCCCGGAUCACCAAAGCUCUCCUCAUCCCCCUCAGACGACGGCCUCUCAGUGUCGAGCAGCCCGCGAGGCUACCGCGCAAACUCAGCGCCGACACCCGCCAUCUUCGCCGAUGCCGGCUGGGACAAGAUCAACACCACAGUGCUGUCGACCUCCAACUGCGGCAACCCUUGCCUGCGACACUUCGGCUUCGGCCCCACGUCCGCUGACGGCUUUGGUAUUGGCUAUAUUAUCAAGGACGAGACAAUUUCUAUCUGCGCCAGCUCCAAGCACAGGCAGACUUCGCGUCUGAUGCAGGGGCUUGAGUCGUAUCUGCUUGAGAUCAGGAAGUUGCUGCGCGCGACGAAUCACAAGACGGCGAGACCGCGCACGAGUCGGGCUAGAGAAACUGAGGCUCUUACUGAGGGUCUGCAGUCGGAAACCCCACGUCGCGGCCGGCUUGUGCGUGGUGGUGGUGAUACGCCCACUUCGGCUGCUGAAAGUAGCUACAUGGAGGAUGACGGUAUGGGAGGAUAUGGCUUCUUUGAUGCUGGUAUGCUUCUUCAUGCUCUGAAGGGUCUUAGUGCGGAACGGGAAUCGCGUGGUUCGAAGCCUGCUAGGCGCAGGUUUGUGGGCAAGAAAUUGCAUCUCAACGAUUAUUGA